AUUAUCCUUUCUCUCUCUCUCUUACUCACUCCCCUUCUCUCUCUUUCAUCCUCGUCCCUCGCAUAAUAUUUUCUCUCUCUAAAACCCAAAAAAAAAGUUUCUCUCUCUAACAUUAACAUUUCGUUCCUCCUUUAUCUCUAUCAGAUUCAUCAAUCACCACCGUCCGCUCAGCUGACCAACAUUCCGGUGAUCGGUUAUCGGCAAAUGACUCGCUUUUUUAACUCGCGAAAGGUUCGAUUCUUCUUCUGCUUCCGUUCGCUACGUAAAUUUGUAAAAUUCAAUUUCAAUUCCACAUCUUUUAGAUCCAAUUGAUGGCUUGAUUCAUUGAUUGAUCCGCUUCUCGGUUUUAUUGUUAUUAUUAUAAUUAGUAUAGAUAUUAUCCCAUGCAUGCCGAUCCAUUGUAAUUCGCUGAACAUUCGGAGGAUCACCGUCCAAUUCAAAUUUAUUGAUUCUUAUUAGGAGCUGAGAAGUGUUAAUUUCUAGGGUUUGUUAAGUAUUUUAAAAAAUGUUGAAGAAAAUUAUGAAAGGAGGGCAUAAAAAGCCCUCCAAAUCUGAAGGUAAUGACUUCGGGUUUGGACCGCCCGGUGGGAAUCGUCCCGGGUCGGGUCCUGCUUCUAACGUGGUGGUUAAUCAUGCUUCUCGGACUGCUGCUGCUCCUGCAAGUACUAAUAAUGUCGGACCAGUAGUUGUGGCUCCUCCGCCAAUGCAAUCUAUAGAGCCACUUCCGCUGUUUCGGGAUGUUCAGGUUUCGGAGAGACAGAAUUUGUUUUUAAGGAAGCUUCAGGUUUGUUGCUUUCAGUUGGAUUUCACUGACACGCUAAAAGCUGUUCGCGAAAAGGAAAUCAAGCGACAAACGCUUUUGGAAUUGGUGGAUUUUAUUCAAUCUGGAUCGGGGAAGAUCACGGAGACUUGUCAGGAGGAAAUGAUUAAAAUGGUUUCUGUGAAUAUAUUUCGGUGUUUGCCGCCAGCAUCUCAUGAGAAUACGGGUCAAGAAGCAGCAGACCCUGAAGAGGAGGAGCCUUAUUUGGAACCUUCGUGGCCGCAUUUGCAACUUGUUUAUGAGUUACUUUUGAGAUAUGUUGUUUCAUCGGACACGGACACAAAGGUUGCUAAGAGGUAUAUUGAUCACUCUUUUGUGUUGAAAUUGCUUGAUUUGUUUGAUUCUGAGGAUCCACGAGAGAGGGAGUAUUUGAAGACUAUUCUUCAUAGGAUUUACGGAAAGUUCAUGGUACAUCGCCCCUUUAUUAGAAAGGCAAUUAAUAAUAUAUUUUAUCGGUUUAUAUAUGAGACAGAGAGGCACAGCGGGAUAGGAGAACUUUUGGAAAUUCUAGGAAGUAUUAUAAAUGGUUUUGCGUUGCCUAUGAAAGAGGAGCAUAAGCUGUUUCUUGUACGGGCACUUAUGCCACUGCAUAAACCAAAGCCAAUUUCGGUCUAUCAUCAGCAGCUGUCUUAUUGUAUUGUCCAGUUUGUGGAAAAGGAUUACAAGCUUGCAGAUACAGUUAUUCGAGGUUUGCUGAAGUAUUGGCCUCUGACCAACUGUCAGAAAGAAGUUCUCUUUCUUGGAGAACUUGAAGAAGUGCUGGAAGCAACACAGUCUGCAGAAUUUCAACGUUGUAUGGUGCCUCUUUUUAGACAGAUUGCCCGCUGCCUGACUAGCUCCCACUUUCAGGUGGCGGAACGGGCCCUGUUCCUGUGGAACAAUGAACACAUUGUAAGCCUGAUUGCACAGAACCGAAGUGUGAUAUUGCCGAUUAUAUUUGAGGCUUUGGAGAAAAACAUUCAAACCCAUUGGAACCAGGCAGUUCAUGGACUCACAGUGAACGUUCGAAAGAUGUUCUUAGAAAUGGAUACGGAGUUAUUCGAAGAGUGCCAGAGGCAGUAUACAGAGAAAGAAUCAAGGGCUAAAGAAGUGGAAGAGCAUCGAGAACAGACAUGGAAGAGACUGGCCGAUGCCGGAGCACGGAGAGGGGGAGAGGAUAUGGUAACUGCUAACUGAUUAUUGUGAGGGUUGGAUAGUUAUGGACAGGAGAUUAUUGGAAGUAGUGCUCCUCAUUUGAUGCUAUUCUUUUGCAAUUUUUUUGUCUUUAAAGUUUUCUUUUUUGUCUAAAUCCAAUCCUUGAAAAGAUAUUAGAAAUAGCAAUCAUAAAUGUAAUUUAAAAAUUGUAUUGAAUUUAUUAGUAAUAUGCUGCACAAUUUGCACAUGAAGAAUUGUUUGUAGGUCUCUCUUACAACA